AUGUUGCAGAGCACCCCAGCUGUGCUGUUGCGGGGGGACUCGUCCUUUCUGCAGCUCCGGGAUGUGGUGGUGAGGAUCAUGCUUCAGGACAAAGAUUUGGCCCGCCCCGGUAAGAGAAUGUCUACUGCUGAUUUCGGGUGCUUUUGGGGUGGCCCGGUAGCAGAACGUCUAGGGUUAGGGCGGGUCAGUUUGUCCUGGUGCGAGGACACACCGGAGCUCCGCCUGGCAGCCGGCUGCUUGGUCAACACGUGGAAGGCCAGUGGCAUCGUCAGCGAGGACGACAUUAAGGCCAUCUACGAUACUGUAUCUGCUUCCAAGCCACCGGCGGCACCUGCUCCCAAGCCGGCGGCCAAAGCAGAGCCCAAGGCGAAGGACCCGAUGGAAUUGAGGGUGGUUUAA